AUGGAGCUUAAUGACCACAAAGUGAAAAGAAGUGCACUGAGGAGAGCCUCAUCAUCAAGGCGCACCACACGAAGUGCUGCCAUCCGGAUUGAAUUACGGGCAUCGCCGAUUACACGGGCGAGUCGUCCACUCCAACUAUACUCAUCAAUCAAAGUUAAAUCUUCUACUCGACAGACACCUAUAAUCCAUCCAUUCCUGUCCUCACCAGUAGCAAAUGCCGCCACUCUUCCCUGA